ACAAUCUUGGAUUUGAAUUCACCGCUUCGCCACCACGAUGCCGCACUGGGUAUCUUCAGACGGCUCUUCAACAUCGCACAAUGAUGUUGAGGCCCUCCCAGAUGCCCCCCCACUCACAGAUGUUUCCAACGGCGCUGAGAAGGACGUAGCUGCCGCCGGCAAGACGACAGCCGGAGUGAAAAUCGAAGAUAUUUUCGAUGACGACGAAGACGAAGAGACCGAAUUCCCCGCAUCUAGUGCGCCGGCUGAGACCAGGGUCGGAAGCGCGGAAGCAUCAGCGCCGGUACCUGUCCAAGUCGAUACGGAAACCAUGCUGCAAUUUUACCAACGCCUGUUCCCUUUCCGCUACUUAUUUCAGUGGCUUAACCAUGGGAUUGUCCCCUCUCCCGACUUCGGGAACCGAGAGUUCGCUCUGACACUUCAAAACGAUGCUUAUUUACGAUAUCAGUCGUACCCAACCGCGGAUCUGUUUCGCAAAGAUAUUCUCAAGAUGAACCCCUCCCGUUUCGAAAUCGGGCCCGUUUACAAUAGGAACCCGCGAGAUAGAAAGACACUCGGCAGCGGACAACUAAAACCCCUCGCCAAAGAACUCGUUUUUGAUAUCGAUUUAACAGAUUAUGACGACAUUCGUACCUGCUGUACAAAGGCGAACAUCUGCGCGAAAUGCUGGGCAUUCGUGACAAUGGCCAUCAAGGUCGUCGACACGGCUCUACGACAAGACUUCGGCUUCCAACAUAUUCUAUGGGUUUACUCAGGACGUCGUGGUGCUCACGCCUGGGUCUGUGAUUCUCGCGCACGGAAUCUCUCAGAUGACCGGCGUCGAGGCAUCGCAGGGUACCUCGACCUUGUCAGGGGAGGCACAAACAGCGGCAAGCGCGUCAAUCUCAAACGACCGCUCCACCCCCACAUGACCCGCAGUCUGGAGAUCUUAAAGCCAUACUUCGUGCAAACCACCUUAGUAGACCAAGAUACCUUCGCCAGCCCAGAGCAAGAGCAACGCCUUCUCUCCCUUCUCCCCGAUAAGGGGCUCAAUGACUCCUUGCGCCGGAAAUGGGAAUCAGCCCCCGACCGCUCUAGCACAAACAAGUGGGCUGACAUUGAUGCUCUUGCAAAGGCCGGUAAAAGCUCUACUCUUAACCCCGCUACCCUACGCGAGGCCAAACAAGAUAUCGUUCUCGAGUACACAUACCCACGUCUCGAUUCCGAGGUCAGCAAGAAGAUGAUCCACUUGCUCAAGAGCCCAUUCGUCAUUCACCCGGGCACCGGGCGAGUUUGUGUUCCUAUUGACAUUCGUAAUGUCGAGAAGUUCGAUCCUCUCUCCGUACCUACUGUCUCUCAAUUGCUCUCAGAGAUAGACUCCUGGGACUCAGACCAUCCUAGUAGUGGCGCCGCGGAGACUGCAGAAGGCGAAGGGAGCGCUCCUAACGCCUCUGACGCUGGAGGCACCCGUAAAUUACAGGACUAUGAGAAGACAAGCCUGAAACCGUACAUUGACUACUUCCGUUCGUUCAUUGCGGGCCUUAACAAGGAGGAGCGCAAUGGGAAGCGAGAGCGUCACGAGGAUAGUACUCCAGGAGUUAAAUCUGAGAGUAUGGACUUUUGA